GCCGCUUUUUUCCCUCCGGAGAGCGAAGAUGGCAGCGUCUUGCUGCGGCAGCUGCGCGAAGGGCUUCUGCCAAAUUGCACGAAGGGGUCUCCUGGUCUCCGUGGGGGCCGGGAGCCGGGGCCGUUGCAUCGCCUCCUCCGGCGCGGGCAGCUAUGGGCGAGGCUGGCCCGGGGCAGGGAGACCCCUUCUGCUGGGGGCAGUCUUUGCCCUUGGGGGCGCCUUUGGCGCUUACCGGACCCUCCAGCGCCGCUUCCGAGGCCAGAAGCCUCUCGCGAGGCAAGAGGCGUCCAAGGUGAGGCGGGAAGGGAAGCGGAACGGGGCGCUCUCCUCCAGGGAUGGUUUCUGCCGGCGCCUCUUUCGUUGCGCGGCUCCUGAAUGGCAGGGGGUUGGGCUAGAUGACCACUGGGGGUACCCCUCCCGACUCCGCAGUUUUGUGAAGCUCCCUUCCAGCUGGUAACAAAGGGAGCUGGCUUGGAGCGGCCUGCUCUGGCUGGCAAUGCCUUUGGCACCAGCUUGCCCGCACGUGCCAAAAAGCGCAGUGCAAUGCAGUGCAUAAUAAUAUACGCAGUGCUUUUUUUCCUGGGGGUACGCAGGGGUACUCAUACCCUAAACAUUUUGGGAAUCUUUGUAUUUUUUUGUCCAUUUACUGUAAUUAUUUCCCCCGAUUUGAACUUUCAAAUGGUGAAUUUCUUGAGUCAUAAUGAGAGUACCCCUAAAUAUAUAUAUAUAUAUUAGAAAAAAGCGCUGAUAAUAUGUACCUAAUCCCUCUUGCUUCUCUGGGUGGAGGACAGAAAGAGAGGCAAGGGAGGGUGUCUAGAAGUUUCUACUUUAAUAUGGGUGAAAUUCACAUUCAUUGGUCCACCCACUUUUGCCUAAGGCUCUGCCUGCAUGUGGCCCUUAGAAAGUUGCCCAUGUGGAAUUGUGGCCCUUGGGUCCACAGUGGCUGGCAGCAAUGGCUCUGUUUCAGAGCAGGAGACAUUCCCAGCUUGGAAUUGCCACUGUGGAUUGAACCUGGGUCACAGCCCAGCCUAAGGUGGGUCAUAGGAGCAGAACGACCACCAUACAGUUAUAUGUGGAGAAAGGUGUUUGGGAUAAAUAAGGGUUCUGGGUCUGCAAAGGUUGCAAAUUGCUAACCCAACCUAUUGGUGGUCUUCAGCCAGUGAGUUUGGCUUGCAUCUCAGGUGGGUAGCAACAGCAGCAUCACUGAUACCAUACUAAUAAAUGUAUAAGUAAAUUAUUUUUAAAAAUAUUUCUCUGUUAGUUUAAAACUCUUUACCUGUUUCUGUGUUGUUUUCUCAUGAAAAUCAAUUUUUAAAAAUUUAAAAAAAAAACCUCUUGCCAUCCAGCAACACUCUUACCUUGUAAGCAGUUUAAAAGAGCCACCAGUGCAAACUGUUUUAGCUGAUAAAUAAAAGUGAUUCUCCAUUGCACCUGGAGGGGAAAUGCGGAUUUGAAAAGUUUGAGCACGAGGAACCUGACGCUUAUUCCACUUAUUUGGAAUAGGGAUAGGGACCAGAAGAGCUGUGCUCAAUCUGGCGGAUUCCGCAUUCCCCUUUAUGAUGUGUAGUAAGUGGAUGGAGUCAGUCAUUCAGUUUUAUUGCACAUAGCCAAAGGCUGCCGCAGUGUACACAGAAUCAUUCAACAAUUAAAAGAAAAUACGCUGGAUUAAUACAAAAAACUUAAAACAUUUAUAUUAUCAAGACAUUACCUACUCUAAGCAGAGCUAUAAAAGUACCUUAAUAUACAGGUUAAGACAUUAAACAAUAAAAUUUAUAGGCUAAAAUCAUCACAUGGCCACUAAUAUAUUAAAAAAAUAAUGUUAAUUAAUACAAUGUGCAAUUAUAUUCAGAGUUUGGUGAUAAAGGUAGAAUAUAGCUUGAUGUAGACAGGGUCAAAUAAAUUCAUCUCCUUUACAGUUGGUGGCUACCUUGGCUAUAUAAUUUGCUCUAAUUUUCCUAGCGGCAGUUGCAAAGAGUGCUACACGCCAGGUCACAUACUUAUCUGUGUCUGCGAGGAGAUAUAAAAUCAUGUCAGAGGGGUUCUGGCCAGGAGACCUUGUCCUUAUAGGUGCUAAAAAUCGUUCUCUUGCUUCAUUAUAUAAGGGGCAGCGCAAGAUGUAAUGCAUAAGGUCCUCUACUUCAGGACAUCCCCUAAUGCAAACAUGUUCUUUUGUUGGUAUGCCUCUGUGUCUCCCAUCUCUAUAAGCAGAUAGACUAGAGAAAAGUGUUCGUCCCUCUCUCAUCACACUAGAAGUCAGGGUGGGACAUCCAGUGAAGCUGAAUGUUCAGGACCACCAGCAGAGAAAAAGAAGUCCAUCAGAAGACGGUAAUGGCCACCAACAUGGAUGGCUUCAAAGCAGGACUGGACAAAUUCACGGAGGAGAAUGCUAUUCAUGGCUCCCAGGCAUGAUGGCUAUGCCUUGCUUCCACGGUUGGAGGCACUAUUAAUAAAAAUAAAAAUAAAAAUAAAUUUAUUUAUACCCCGCCCAUCUGGCUGAGUUUCCCCAGCCACUCUGGGCGGCUUCCAAUCAAGUGUUAAAAACAAUACAGCAUUAAAUAUUAAAAACUUCCCUAAACAGGGCUGCCUUCAGAUGCCUUUUAAAAAUAAGAUAGAUGCUUAUUUCCUUCACAUCUGAUGGGAGGGCGUUCCACAGGGCGGGCGCCACUACCGAGAAGGCCCUCUGCCUGGUUCCCUGUACCUUUGCUUCUCGCAGGGAGGGAACCGCCAGAAGGUCCUCGGUGCUGGGCCUCAGUGCCCGGGCAGAACGAUGGAGGUGGAGACGCUCCUUCAGGUAUACUGGACUGAGGCCGUUUAGGGCUUUAAAGGUCAGCACCAACACUUUGAAUUGUGCUCGGAAACCGGUCUCAGGACCGGUGUAGUUAUGUGGUCCCAGCGGCCUCUCCCAGUCACCAGUCUUUUGCUUUUGAAUGCCAGUUGCUGGAGAAUGCCCUUGUGCUUGGGAACUUCUCAUUGGGGCAUCUGGUUGGCCACCCUGAGAACCAGAGGCUGCAUGAAAUGGACCCCCUUGGACUGAUCCAGCAGAGCUCUUCUAUUCUUAUGUUCCUCAAAGUGGCCUGGGAGGUGAUGCCAGGAAGCCCCCCACCUCAGUAGAGAGCCAAAGCAAGGCUACUCAGGGUAGACUGCUUCUGGCCAUGAGGGCUCCUUUAAGCUGUCGUAAUAAGCAGCUUUUUGUAGCCUUAUUCCUCUGCCUGUGAUAAACGCUGCUUUUUUUGGGGGGGGGAGGUAUUUCUUUAGCCAGAUUAGUGAUGCCCUUGACAUCUCUGCCUGUUCAGCUCCCAGAGGAGAACCUGCAGUUGACCCUCUACCAGUACAAGACCUGCCCCUUCUGCAGCAAGGUCCGAGCUUUCCUGGAUUAUCAUGGGCUGCCUUAUGAAGUCGUGGAGGUGAAUCCAGUCAUGCGGAACGAGAUUAAGUUCUCUGCCUACAGGAAAGUGCCCAUUCUCCUUGCCAGCACUGGAAGCACAGUGGUGAGUUUCUGGUUUGGCAAUUUAAGCUCCUUGGUUUAUUUUACCUGGUGUGCCUGUCGCAGGGGGUGCAGAGAAGGGCCUAAUAUUCUACGGGGAUUCAUAGUGUGUUUUAAUUAUGGAUUUUUAUACUUUAUAUAUUAUAUAUUUCAUAAUCAACAGGGGUCUUGAACCCUGGUCUCCUAAGUCCCAGUCCAACAUGCUAACUAAUACCACCACCACCCCUGCAUGAUCUUUCGCUUUGGAAGUCUGAAGACAACAUCAUUCACCUUUUUUAAUUAAAAAAAAAUUGGUCAAGCGCCAGUGAACAAUAACUGACUCGUUUUAUUUGGAGCAUGUAAGCUCGCAUUAAUUUUAUUGUAUCUACCUGAUAUUAUUAUGGUGUCUACCAAAGCAAUGUAAUGCAUUCAAAUACAGGAUCAAAACCCUAAAGCAGAGCUUUCCAAACGUUUCAUGUUGAUGACACAUUUUUUAGACAUGUGUCAUUUCGCAAUACAGUAAUUCCAUUUCAUUAGCAAACUGGAGAUUCAAUUAAUCUCUUUCCAUUCCCGGAAGGAGCGCAGGGAGUGUUCACACGACACAUCUAUAAACUGCAGCCAAUGCACUUAACUUGUUGUGGCACACAGUUUGGAAAGCUCUGCCCUAAAGACAAAACCUCUUCUAGGUUUGGUACCUACAUGGAUGGAUCAAGUUUUUGUGUAACACUGUGCUUCGCUCUCUCCCCCCUCAUCCCCCAGCAAUUGAAUGACUCUUCUGUGAUCAUCAGUGCAUUUAAAACCUACCUCGUUUCCAGGUAAGGGGUUUUUAAAAUAAGAAUAAAAUGCUGAGCUUAUUGCAAAUAAAACCAUCCUUAUAUGUCUACAGAUUGGUUUUUGUAUCCCUUUAUGAUUUUAGGGAUUUGGGGCAGUUUUAGGACUUGCCCCAAACACAAACUUGUCUGAAACUGGAAACUAGUAGGGUGUUCCCCAGGUUGGGGUUUUGUGUAUGUGCAGCUCUUGAAACUAACAGAUUACAUUAUCCAUUUAUGAAGCUCAGGAUUUUAUUUUUUGUUUCUUAGAAUUCUUAAGCAAUGCUGGGUAUUUUCAGCUAGUCUGCUAUAUAUUUUGGAAGGUUCACUUGUACGGACGCCAUUUUGAACCAAUAUGGCAGACGGAACCUUUCAAAACAGCACUGAUUCUCUUGUUGUUUCUUCCAAGUUUUUGAGCAACACUAGGCACUUUCUGUUGGUGCCCAGAAAUGAUUGGUCAGAGUUAGUCUAACGUAGCCAUUGUCUUAUUUCAGGAGAUGUUCUUAUUGAACCCCUCUCCUUCUGUCACUGCCUGGUCAUGGGAUGGGGAGGAUGGAAUAUAAAGUGUGUGGUUGUUCUUUGACUUCUGCUUUUAUUUCCCUAGGAGGAGUUUGGACGAGAUUAUGUCAUACUACCCUGCUAUGAAAGCCACAAAUGACCGGGGCAAGGAGGUGAUUGAGUAUGGCAACAAAUACUGGCUUAUGCUGGAUGAAAAGGAGACUCGGAAUCUUUAUCCUGUCAAGGAAGCAAGGGUGUAGGUAUUAACACAGAGACCCUUCAUUAGACAACACAGCCUUGAUUCUGUUGCCCCAUGGCUGCUAUUGUAUAAGGAAAAACAGUUAUGCAAGCUGUCCUUUUGAUUAUCUGUGUGUUCAAAAAAGUAUGGGAGUCCCCACCCAAAUUAUCACUUCAGAAUGUGAGUGGGGAUGGUUUGAUUGCAUGCUACCCUGUCCCAAAAAUCAGCUUAUUGGAGAAAAAUGUUAUACAGUGGUACCUCGGGUUACAUACGCUUCAGGUUACAGAUGCUUCAGGUUACAGACUCCGCUAACCCAGAAAUAGUGCUUCAGGUUAAGAGCUUUGCUUCAGGAUGAGAACAGAAAUCGUGCUCCGGCGGCGCGGCAGCAGGAGGCCCCAUUAGCUAAAGUGGUGCUUCAGGUUAAGAACAGUUUCAGGGUAAGUACGGACCUCCGGAAUGAAUUAAGUACUUAACCCGAGGUACCAUUUACUAGGAUCCUUCUCAGCAGGCUUCCAACUGAUGUGGGAAAUUCUUGACAAAGAUGAGCAUAUGAUAUCAGCAGUUGUGCUGGGAUGUAAGGAUUCCCGGGACCCCUGAGGUAUCCUGCAUCCAAGUUGUUCUGGGCUUUGUAAAUCAAUAUAAGAACCUUGAACCUGACUUGGUAGCAAAUGGGCAGCUGGAGCAGCUGUUUUAACAGUGGCAUUGCAUGUUCUCACAACUAGAAGCUCCCAUCAGCAGUCUGGCUGCAACAUUCUGCACCAGCUGGAGCUUCUGAAACAGACCCAUCGUGUGCCCCGGAAGCAUUUACUGUGUAAAACAAUAAGAUGGUAAAAAAUUGAAAUAAAAUAUAUAUGACGGUGAACUCAGUAAUGUAAAACAUUAUGUGUAUUUUCUCAUACCUUGUUGCCAUAGUGCACAGUAAACAUGCUCUACUUUUCUAUAAACAAAUUAUUUUGUCUUUCGGAAGCAGACUCCUCCCCCCCCCCCACCCCCCGGCCAAGUCUUGUGCUGAUCUUAUUAUUUAUUUCAUAAAAUGUGUGUACAUUUUGAUGGUAAGACAAAACAAUCUCAGAGUGGUUUAGCUGUGAUCGGUUCUUAUCUGUGUUUUGGAAUGUGGUGCUGGGAUCAGCCACUGUGUUGUUCUUUGGAUAUUGUUAGACUCCAACUCCCAUCAACCCCAGCUAGCGUGGCCAAUGGCCAGGGAGGGUGGAAGCUGUAAUCUCAACAAUACCUGGAGACACCACGUUGACUUCUGAUCUGUAGAACCAUAGAAUUGCAGAGUUGGAAGGGACCCUGAGAACCAUCUAGUCCAGCCCCCUGCAGUGCAGGAAUAGGCAGCUGUCUCAUACGAGGAUCAAACCAGCAACCUGGUGUUAUCAGCACCACAUUCUAGCCAACUGAGCUAUCCAGGCUAAUAGUUUAGUUUUAAGGGACUUUACAACCUGGUGGCACCAUUUAUCUCCCCACCCGGCUUUAUCCAGCUCUUUGUCGUCAAUCCCACGUGCAAAAAAUGUCUCGGCUUUUCCUGUCUUGUUUGCAGGGAGGAAAUGAAAUGGAGGCAGUGGGCGGACGAUUGGCUUGUGCACCUCAUCUCGCCCAAUGUUUACCGCACGGCUGGCGAGGCCCUGGCAUCUUUCGACUACAUAGUGCAUGAGGGCAAGUUUGGCACAAUCGAAGGCUUCUUUGCCAAAUACGUUGGGGCUGCUGCGAUGUUCUUCAUCAGCAAAAGGCUAAAGGCUAGGUUGGUGCUUCUGAAACGUUAAGGCUCAAGGGUAACAUCUUCAUAUUAUCUUCCGCUUCUUGACUUCAAGGACAGCCAGACUGCUGUCGGUUGUUGAGGCUAAUCAGGGGCGGCCCAUCCCAUUUUGCCCCAUGGAGAAACCAAGUAGCAAUGUAGUACGCAGGAACGCCCGGGCUCUUGCAGAACUUGGUGGGUGCCAAUGCGUUCUCUAAACCAUGGGUAGGCAAACUAAGGCCUGGGGGCCGGAUCUGGCUCAAUCGCCUUCUAAAUCCGGCCCUUGGACGGUCCGGAAAUCAGCGUGUUUUUACAAGAGUAGAUUGUGUGCUUUUAUUUAAAAUGCAUCUCCGGGUUAUUUGUGGGGCAUAGGAAUUCGUUCAUUUUUUCUUUCUUUCAAAAUAUAGUCUGGCUCCCCAUAAGGUCAGAGGGACAGUGGACCGGCCCCCUGCUGAAAAAGUUUGCUGAUCCCUGCUGUAAAGCAUAACUGCCCAGCUUCUGCAACCAGGGGUGGGGGAAAUGAGUGGCCGUGUCACAUGCCAGAACACCUCCCUCUCGCCGCCACCACGGGAAGCAGUGGGGCAGGCAGAGCUCUUCCUCUUGCACUUUUGCCACUGGGGUUCCUUGAUAUGGUUCCCUUUUAUGUCUGCUUGUGUUUGACCAAGUCAUUAACCUUAAUAUCUGGCACCUAUUUAAAAAGCAAGGGGCCUUAGGAAUUAUUCCUGAAGUCAGUGAGAUGAUGAUUCAUCAUGAUGUACAGCAACCCUCCAGCUUUAUUUUGCUGAGUAAUAUGGGAACACAUUUAUAUGCUAACUUCUUUAUUUACUUGGAAGAUUUUGUAUCUCACCUUUUUUGCCAAGACACCCAAACUGCUUUACAAAUUUGAAACACUAAAAGAAUAUAAAAGUGGGUCCUCUCAUGCUGAUUGAGAGCCGGUGGUACAAGCUGCCUGGCGCUGAGCUUGUCUAUUCGGUUCAUAUGUUAGUGGUCUUAAUAUUACACCUGAUUGCCUCUGUUUGAAUUUAUGUUCUUGGCAAGACCUGAUGGCUGAUCUGUCUUCAGGAUCAGCAGUCCUUCUUCACUUUGCUCAGGAAGCUUCAGUUGCCGUCCCACCUAGAUAAUCAUAAAAGGAUCCUAGAUGGAAUCGUAUUCUAGAGUAGACCCAUUGCAGUCAAUGCUCGGGUCUAACCUAAGUCCAUUUAUUUCAGUGAAUCCACUUUGAGUGUGACUUAGCCAGAGACAGCCCUUUUUCUGUUAUCCUCUUUAAGAUUCAGAAUCCUUACAAGGAUACUGUGAUAUUGUCAUGAAUGGGUAGAUUUGGGUAGUAUCCAAUGGUAGCCCUAUUAAAUUAAUGGACAUUACUAACUUUGGUAAGAACAUAAAAGCCUUCUGCCUCACGCCAGUGGCCCAUCAAGUCCAGCUUCCUGUUCUCACAGUGGCCAACAUCAUGUCCAUGGGAAACCUGCAAGUGCAACCUGGACAAGAGCACUCCCCUUCCCCACAACGGGUAACAUUGAUUAGAGUGGGUCUACUCUGAGUAGAACUUAGUUACCCAUAACCCAUUAUUAUGAAUUCCAGUGUGUUAUUUUUUUCCGUAAUUCGCUUUGCCUGCGGGAAGAUUUGAAAAAAAUCUAAUGAAUUAACUAAACUGAUCGUAUGUCUCUGUUUUUAGUUUUGUUGCUUCUUAUCCCUAGACUUGGAAUCCUAACCCCCCCCCAAAAAAAAAGUUUGCUGUUUUGCAAGCCGUGUCUAAGGUUGAAGAAAUGUGAAUGAAGAAAAUUCAUCAGUUGUGGAAGCUUUAAAGUCAUCUCCUCCCCCCCCCCCCCAAUUCUCUCUUUGCAGGCACCACCUGCAGGAUAAUGUCAGGGAAGACUUGUACAAAGCAGUGGACGACUGGGUGGAAGCUGUCGGCCACCACAGAAUGUUCAUGGGCGGAUCCCAGCCAAACCUUGCAGAUCUGGUAAGAGCCUGGCAAGUGGCCAUUGGAAACCACCACCAUUCUGGGGAGGAAUGGUGGCAGGCUAGUCAUCGACUGCUGACACUCCCAUUGUUGUUUAGUCAUUUAGUCAUGUCCAAUUCUUCGUUACCCCCUGGACCAGAGCACACCAGGCACUCCUGUCUUCCACUGCCUCCCACAGUUUGGUCAAACUCAUGCUGGUAGCUUCAAGAACACUGUCUAACCAUCUCGUCCUCUGCCGUCCCCUUCUCCUUGUGCCCUCCAUCUUUCCCAACAUCAGGGUCUUUUCCAGGGAGUCUUCUCUUCUCAUGAGGUGGCCAAAGUACUGGAGCCUCAGCUUCAGGAUCUGUCCUUCCAGUGAGCACUCAGGGCUGAUUUCCUUCAGAAUGGAUAGGUUUGAUCUUCUUGCAGUCCAUGGGACUCUCAAGAGUCUCCUCCAGCACCAUAGAGAUAAUUAGGCAGUGAUUAAAGGCAACCAAGGUAUAAAUCUUGAUUGCCAAAACUUCCUUUUGAGAUAAGUGGGGACAGAGAUUAACCCCUCAUGCUCAGAAGACAUUCAUCACACUGGGAACAAAGAAGUUUUCAGUGCGGAAGAAGUGGGGGAGUAGGGAUAUUGUCCAGUGACACUCGUUGUGUCUUCCCAUCCCCCGGCGGUGAAUGAAAUUUAGUGAGACAUGCCGGUAUAUCAGACAAAAAGCCACGGUUCCGAAUGAUACAACAGGUACUUCAGUGUGAAAGAGAAAACAGGGCGGAAGUAAUUGUAUUCUGGAAAACUAAUGUAGUGUUCUGCACAGGCUUCUGCCAGCUGGGGGAGGGCAAGGCACUUUGGGGAGGGGGCCCCAAAGCUCUUAAGGAGGGAGCUGGGCCCUCUCAGUAUUGGGUGGUAACUUUGCGUGGCACUUCAGUACAUCACAUUCUGUUGGUCCCCUCAAUGGUGGGGGCACGUUGGCACCUCUGGUUCUGCAUAUCUGAAGGCACCAGGCCCCAGCAAGGCUCAGAGGGUGAUCGGUGGGCCUCCUUCAGGACUUUGGCAUCAUAGAAUCAUAGACUUGGAAGGGACCCCAAGAGUCAUCUAGUCCAACCCCCUACAAUGCAGGAACAUCAACUAAAGCAUCCCUGAUAGAUGGCCACCCAACCUCUGCUUAGAAACCUCCAAGGAAGGAGAGUCCACCACCUUCCGAGGGAGACCGUUCCACUGUUGAACAGCUCUUACUGCCAGAAAUUUCUUCCUGAUAUUGAGUUGGAAUCUCCUUUCUUGUAACUUGAAGCCAUACUGACUCGCUUAUGCUGGAUCCAGUUUAGGUGACACAAGCAGACCAUGGCUUAGUUGCCAGCACUGUAUUCUGGGCUUGUGUGUUUACUUCCUUGCCUGCUUCAAGGUUCAGUAUAACUGCUUGCCAUUGAACUUGAAUCAGGGAAUGCAAUGGUUACUGCAAUGCAUGGAUUGCCUCCAAAACAGAAUUGGAAGCCAGCUGGCGUUUCUGGCAAACUCUGCUUUGCUGCAAGCCAUGUUUGCCAGUUCAGGCAGGCAGUGGCUAACGGUGGUUGUUGCAAGCUGGGAAGGGCAGGGAGGUAACAUUGAGUCCAUUAGCAUGUCUACCAAGGGGACAGUCACAGCACCAAACUGUGGCUUGGCUGUGAUGUCAACUCCAAGCCAUCCAUUACCACUGAGUUAAAGUUGUGACUGGAAAGAUGCAACACAAACUAGGCCUUUAGUAGAAAACGAAAGCUAUGUCCAGAGGGAAGAUGGGAUCUGUUCCCUUUAAAACAGGGAAGUUGCUCUCCUUAACUUCAGUGCUGUGAAGGAGGCAAAAGAGGGAGUUUGAGUAUUUCCACCACAGGUCUCUAGGGCUUUGAAGCACCCUUGUAUGAGGGUACCCCAAUAAUUACGGGGUGUCCAAAAUAGGGAAUAGGUUGCUGGGGUCCUCAGUCUGAUCCAGCAACGCUCUUCUUACGCUUCUAUACUCCGAGUCUUUGUCCAGUCCCUCCUUCUGAAGGUCUUCUUAGUUAUGAGAUGCUGGGAAUUGAAAAUGGAAGCUUCUGCAAGACAUGUGUUUUCCCACUUGUAGCUGAUGUUCUUCUCACCAGUUUUCUUCUCUGUUCUGUCUGCACAGGCGGUUUAUGGAGUUUUGCGCGUCAUGGAAGGCUUGGAAGCUUUUGAUGACAUGAUGACCCACACCAAGAUCCAGCCUUGGUACCGUCGUAUGGAGGCAGCCAUUGGGCAGUCCAGAGUUGCCACACAGCACUCCAGACGCUAAAAACAACCCUUGCAUUGACCAGGAACAGCUCAUAAAGCAAAGCAGGACUUAUUUAUUUUUUAAAUCCAAAGCCAAAAGGGGUGUAUGCAAUGAGAGUCCACCACCAAAGGGGUCUUGGAAAAAGCAGUGGAACAUGACGCAUGGACUAUUAUUUGUAGAAAGCCUUAAGGGUAUCAUACUUGCUGAGUGAAUUUUGAUUGUUAGGCCCUUACUAGGCCCUUCUGCUUUGGGAUUUGACUUUGUUUUUCCAAGUGUGUAAAAGAACCUUGUCUGUCUGCAAAAUAUUUGCUUGGUCCUGGAGGAGGUGGAAGAAGUAAGUGUUUUGCUAGGGGUUCAUUCUGCUGGUGGGAAAGAGUCUGCUAGUUUGCAGGACACUGAGUCCUUCUUGUUCAGAGUGAAUAGAUCUGAAGCCACACUCUCGUUGCUGCUUUUCUCUGGGUCCUGUAUGGCAUGUGGGAGUUCUUCAUUACCAGACAGUUGACCCAGAGAGGGUAACACAAACAAAUAAAGAACAGUUAGCAAAUAGUGUGCAAUAUUUAUCUGAAGCAGGUGCAGGGAGAAGGCUGAAGUUUCUGGAAAUGUGCCUUUGGGAUAAAAUAAUGGUAUUCUAGGAAAGAAUGAGAACAGAAAAUCCUUUACUCUUGCUACCCAUCAAAGGGAUCUGUCAGAAUUUCCAGAUGAAAGGCAAUUCCUUUUUAAAUAAGGUGUGGGUUGUAAAAUGUGGGGAUGGCACACAUCUGUGGUGUUCUGCCAUGUAAAAGAUUGUCUUAUGUGGCAUGUUAAUGUUGGAGAAGGGUUGUAAAGUGUGAAGCAUCCCCCACACUUAGGAGGAGCACAUGCAAGUUCUGUUCUUAAACCUGUUCAACAGACACGGCACACUUUGCAAAGCCUGGGCAAAGGGUUUCAGUUACUUAGUUCUUUAGAGGGGGAGGAAAGGGGGAUACAAGUGACAGCUCAAUUAAAGUCAAUUAAGUUUGUAAACUAGAGUUUCUUCAAUGCAAUUUGGCCUUUAUUCGAGUCAGAGGCAUACCUAGGUCCCUUGCACCCUUGGCAAGGAGCUGUCUUGGCACCCCCCCCAAAAGAAAAACACCACUUUACUGCACUAGCCACAUGAGAAAUUCCUAUAUUUUUAUGAGACCCAAGUACUCAAAGGAUCUGGUAGAAGGGUGAGACACGGAGGAAGGGUGAAAGGUGCAGGAGCAAACACAUGUACACCAUACACUCCAUAGUCUGAUAGGUGAUUUUUGCACCUGGUGGGGGCUUGUUCCACCAACCCUUAGGGUUGCACCACCAUGUGCAGUAGGGCUUACUUUCAAACAAAUGCACACACAAGGUUGUGCUGCUGUUGACACAUGUUCUGCUUUGUACAUCCUGAUCCUGAAUCAUUUUGGGAUUGCAACCCUGGAUACGUACUCUGGUGUAGCUUCGCUGCAGAAUUCAGAUAUGCAAACUCUGUCUUGGAUAAAAGUAUUGGUGUCAGUUGGGCUACUUGAAAAUAAAGGUUUUCUUUUGAUGGUAGA